UCCGCCCUGCACUCCCGCCCCGCCCUGCGCUCUGGCCCCGUCCCACAUCUCGGCAGCGCUCUCCCGCCCGGGGGAGCCCUGCCGCCCCAGCGGAGCCAGGCUCUCCCCACGCCCGAACCCCUCCACCCAAGGCCUGGGGGGCCGCAGCGCACCGAGCGGCUCGGCGUGGAAAGAUGGCCGCCCUGACGACGGUCGUGGUGGCGGCGGCGGCCACAGCUGUAGCGGGGGCUGUGGCGGGGGCGGGCGCGGCCACCGGGACCCGCGUGGGAGCAACGCCUGUGCCGCAACAGAAUGAUGGCUGUUUUGGUACUUCAGGUGGAAUUCGUCCUUUUCAGCUUCAAAACUGGAAGCAGAAAGUUAGUCGGACUAAGAAAGCAGAAUUCAUACGUACAGCAGAAAAAUUUAAAAAUCAAGUUAUUAACAUAGAAAAAGAUAAACACAAUCAUUUCUACAACCAAAAAAGUGACUUCAGAAUUGAACAUAGUAUGCUGGAAGAAUUGGAAAAUAAAUUGAUUCACAGCCGGAAAACAGACAGAGUAAAAAUCCAGCAACAAUUGGCCAAAAUUCACAACAAUGUAAAGAAACUUCAGCAUCAGUUAAAAGAUGUGAAGCCUACACCUGACUUUGUUGAAAAGCUCAGAGAAAUGAUGGAAGAAAUUGAAAAUGCAAUUAACACUUUUAAGGAAGAGCGGAGGUUGAUCUAUGAAGAGCUUAUUAAAGAAGAGAAAACAACUAAUAAUGAGUUGUGUGCCAUAUCAAGAAAAAUUGACACGUGGGCUUUGGAUAAUUCAGAAACAGAGAAAACUUUCAGACCAAUGUCGAGCAAAGUUCCUGUGGACAAAGUAACACCAAGCACUCUUCCAGAAGAAGUGGUAGAGUUUGAAAAAUUCCUUCAGCAAGCAGGAGGGCGACAAGGGGGCUGGGAUGAUUAUGAUCACCAGAACUUUGUAAAGGUGAGAAACAAGCAUAAAGGGAAGCCAGCAUUUAUGGGAGAAGUUCUUGAACACCUUCCUGGAAGAACACAGGAUGAAGUUCGACAGCAUGAGAAAUGGUAUCAAAAAUUUCUGGCCCUAGAAGAAAGGAAAAAAGAGUCUAUUCAGAAUUGGAAAACCAAAAAGCAGCAAAAAAAGGAGGAAAUUUUCAAGUUAAAGGAAAAAGCGGAGAACAUACCAAUGCUUUUUCAUAAUAAACAGGAAGAUAAUCAAAAGCAAAAAGAAGAACAAAGAAAGAAGCAGAAAUUGGCAGUUGAAGCUUGGAAAAAACAGAAAAGUAUAGAAAUGUCAAUGAAAUAUGCUUCCCAGUUAAAAGAAGAGGAAGAGAAGGAGAAAAAGCAGCAGAAAGAACGUCAACGCCAAUGUAAACUAAAAUUGCUGCUAGAAACUUAUACCCAGCAGAAGAAAGAACAGGAAGAAUUUUUGAGACUUGAAAAGGAGAUUAGGGAAAAGACAGAAAAGGCAGAAAAAAGAAAAACCACUGCUGAUGAAAUUUCCAGGUUUCAAGAAAGAGAUUUACAUAAACUUGAAUUGAAAAUUCUAGAUAGACAAUCAAAGGAAGAUGAAAAGGCAGAAAAACAAAGAAAACUGGCAAAAUUAAAAGAAAAGGUUGAAAACAACAUUAGUAGAGAUCCCUCUAGACUUUACAAACCUACCAAAGGUUGGGAAGAACGGACCAAAAAGAUAGGACCAACAGGCUCUGGGCCACUUCUACAUAUCCCACAUAGGGCUAUUCCAACCUGGAGACAAGGAGUUUAGAAAAGAAUACGGGAUAAUGAAAUUGGCAUUCAGUUGAUGAGCAUGUUAGCAUAUUCCGUUACAGGAGAGAGUGACUGUGUUCUUGAAAUAUUACUAGCCUAGUCAGAUUGAUUAUUGUGUUGCAUGUGAAUUGGCAGGUAGUAAGUUCCAUGAGGCAUUGUCAUUAGUAUUUCCUGUUUAUACUAAGAGGGUAAUUAAUGUGUAAGUUGGCCUAUUAUUGAUGUAAAAGUUCCUUGAAUAAGUCUAUGUUAGAAACAGUAUUUCAUUUAAAUACCUAGAACAUUUGAAAGAUACUUUGUUUUUGUCACAUCAUAGCAAAAUAAAUUGAGACAAUCAUAGAGUAACAUUUUUAAACCAAAAUUGUAAGAUUUAUAACUUGGAGCUAAAUUAGCUUGAGUAACAAAAAUGUAAAGUUUUUUUUUUUUUGAGUUAUGAAAUAAGUUGGUACUUUUUCUAAGUUUAACAAAUUGGUAAUUUGUCAGUUACUACAUUUUUGUGUACCAAAUAUUUUGUAUUUGUUUGAAGCAUGCUUUGUUUUAUAUAGAGAAUAUUUAUUUUAAAAAUAUGCCUCUCAUCUCACAUAUACCCUAUUAUUUGUAUUAUUGAUAUUUAAUCUUUUUGGUUUCCUUUAGCUAUUCCAAAUCUCCUUUCAGCCUUUCUGGACUCCACACAUUUAUAAAAUCUUGUGUCUUUCACAUC